AUGGCAUGCACUAAAGUUUUAGCUAUUGCUUCCAUCGUUCUCUUGGGCAUUGGAUUAACCAAGGCUGCGAGGGUGUCUAGACUCUCUGAUGCUCAAGGAAGCGGAGAGGGAGGGGGUGGAGGAUUUGUGGAUGGUAGUGGAUCGGGAUCCGGGGGCGGUACCGCAUCCAGCACGGUUGUUCCAAAUGAAGGUCAUGCAACCGCCGGGGCUACCCAUGCGGAAGCCGGAGCUGGAGGCGGCGGCGGAGGCAUCGGCCGGCGCAAUGGAUCCGGAAGUGGUGGUGGGUCUGGCUCGAGCACUGCCUCUAGCCAGUCGACAGGGGGAGUGUACGGUGACUUCCCUGGAUAUUCUAGCGCUGACGGUAAGGGCGGCGGUGGUGGAGGAGGACAAGCUGGAGGUUACGACGGAUCUAGUGGUCAUGGGAAGGGCAGUGGCACCGGCUCGGCUUCUAGCUCCGCCAACUCCUUCUUUGAUGAGGCGGAUGCCAAUGCGAUCGUGAAAGGUAAUGGCGGUGGCGGAGGAGGCGGCGAAAAUGGUGGGAGCGGUGGCGGCGAUGGUAGUGGAUCUGGAAAUGCGGAAGCACACCCUUAA